AUGUCGAUUUUCGAGUACAAUGGCAGCGCGAUCGUGGCCAUGGCGGGCAAGGAGUGCGUGGCGAUAGGUAGCGACCUGCGGUUUGGCGUGCAGCUGCAGACGCUGGCCACAGACUACAAGAAGGUGUACAAGAUACACGACCAGCUGUUCAUCGGGCUGGCAGGGCUGGGCACCGACGCAGAGACGCUCUCCCAGCGGUUUGCCUUCAAGCACAACCUGUACAAGCUGCGGGAGGAGCGCGACAUCAAGCCCUCCGCCUUUGGCCAGCUCGUGUCGGCCACGCUGUACGAGCGCCGCUUCGGGCCCUACUUCUGCCAACCCGUCAUCGCCGGGCUGGAGCCCGACGGCAGCCCCUACCUGUGCGGCAUGGACAGCAUCGGUGCCCAGGAGACGGCCAAGGACUUCAUGGUGGCGGGCACCGCAACCGACUCGCUGCUGGGCAUCUGCGAGAGCCUGUGGCGGCCAGACCUGGGCCCCGAGGAGCUGUUUGAGACCCUGAGCCAGGCGCUACUGAGCGGGCAGGACCGCGACUGCCUUGCGGGCUGGGGAGCGGUGGUGUACGUCAUCACCAAGGACAAGGUGAUUGCGCGGACGCUCAAGGGGCGCAUGGACUGA